UUCCUUAGCAUGUCACUCCGGUGUUCACGACAACACACGGAGCUGGGCUUCCACUUGUCACUGAUCAUGGUAUUCACGGUUUGCAGGGCUCCUUCGAUGUAACGGUUACCAUGAAACACUCAACGUGCACUACAGGACUGUUUAACCUUAUUCAGAUAGGCGAAAGAAUUUGCUGAUGAAGCAUACCAGCGACAGGAGGAAAAGAUCUUUCUGCCCAUAUAACGUUUCAUAGCUAGCUACUGAAUAGCUGUAGGUGGCUAGCUAGUUUGACCAUUGGAAGAUGGCGGGGGUGUUUGAAGUGGAGGUGGACGGGGUUGAGCACAACCAUGGUCAUGGAAUACACGAGGAAGAGCCCGAGCCGAUUGAUAUGUCCCAGCUCUCACCAGAAGAGAAGUGGAGGUUAGAGCAUGCACGGAUGCACGCCAAGCACAAGGGGCACGAGGCCAUGCACGCGGAGAUGGUGCUCAUCCUCAUCGUCACGCUGGUUAUUGCACAGCUGGUGCUCGUGCAGUGGAAGCAACGCCACCCCAAAUCAUACAACAUGGUCACGUUAUUCCAGAUGUGGAUCGUGCCACUCUACUUCACCACUAAGCUGCACUGGUGGCGCUUCCUAGUCACCUGGUUCCUCUUCUCCUUGGUGACGGCGUUCGUUACCUUCAGGGCCACCCGCAAGCCCCUCACGUGCACCACUCCAAGGCUUGUAUAUAAAUGGUUCCUCCUGCUGUACAAGAUCAGCUACACGACGGGAAUCGUGGGCUACGUCGUCAUCAUGUUCACCCUUUUUGGCCUUAACCUACUUUUUAGGAUAAAGCCAGAAGAUGCUAUGGAUUUCGGAGUGUCUUUGCUCUUCUACGGUCUCUACUAUGGAGUCCUUGGACGGGACUUUGCAGAGAUGUGUGCAGACUUCAUGGCCUCCACUAUAGGGUACUACACGGCGCAGGGCAUGCCUACUAAGCAGCUGUCGGACAACAUCUGUGCUGUGUGUGGCCAGCCCAUCCUGGUGGACGUGAGCGAGGAGGGCAUCAUCGAGAACACCUUCAGACUCUCCUGCAAUCAUGUAUUCCACGAGUUCUGCAUAAGAGGCUGGUGCAUCGUGGGAAAGAAACAGACCUGUCCAUACUGCAAGGAGAAAGUGGACCUCAAAAGGAUGUUCAGCAACCCCUGGGAGAGGCCACAUGUCAUGUACGGACAACUCCUGGACUGGCUGCGCUACCUUGUCGCCUGGCAACCAGUCAUAAUCGGACUAGUACAAGCCAUCAACUACUUCUUAGGACUGGAAUGAAUGGAAUAAAUGAACGAAUGAAUGAAUGGAACACAACUGUAAAAAAACAAAAACAAAAAAACAUGGCCGUUAAAAAGAUGGCAAAGGUGGACAAUUACUUCUCCGUUAUCACAUGGACCUCCUUUUUUGGACAACAAAAUCCUGAAAUCCAGUGUGCUUGUGUUUCUUUUUUGUUUUAUUUUGUCUUUCUUUGUGAUUUCUUUUUCUUUUUUUGUCUAUAAAUGUGUUUUGAGUGUACGUGCACAUUAAGUGCUUACUGGUAUUAAAAAAAUAAUCUCAAUUGUA